UUUAUUCAUAUUUUGUAGAUUUGGCAGCCAAUCGGCGUCCUGUGCGGGUACAUCGCUUGUAGCCCCCUCGGUACGUCGCUGAUUUUGGUACACGACGAUCCGUUGGAAAAUUGGUUCAGCCCGCAUCCCGCACAGGACUCGGAACAUUGGUCUUCAACCAGGCCUUAACGCAGGGACAGAGAGGCAGGCGCAGGGAGGAAAGUGUGCACAAGCUGGAUAUCCAGUAAAAAGUGCUGCUUGCUGAACUUGAGAGAAGUUUUCGAACGUCGGCCUGAUGAGCUUUGGUUUUGUUUCGCUUCGCAAUGCCCAUACAAGAAACAUUUUAAAACAAGUUUUCUCGAGAGAUUCUGAUGCUGCUGAAACCAUGCACUUUCCUUCGUGGCUACAAAGAGCUUCAACGACAAUAUCAUUAGGCCUACCCACAAGGUUCAAGGAUGUUAAUUCAAACGACAAGGGUCAGUUGAAACGUUGCGGUUCGGAUACGGUAUUGACGAGGGACUCGUUAAACAAGCCUUUCUUUAGAGAGCCAUCUCGAGCCCUGCACGCUUCCUACCCAGUGCAUCAUUUAGAUAUCACAAACAUUUUAGAUGGGGUCUGGAAGAACAGGCACCAGAAAUUGAGCAGUAUGACCAUUGACGUGAGUUGUUCAGGUUUUGCAUUCGAUUUACUUAAAUCCAAGUGGUAUCAGUAUCUAAAGCUUAUUGGUGUUUGCAGACUGCAUUUGAAAAGAUAAAAUUAUUGUAUCCAACACUCCCUCAUGAUGCCAAAGUGUACUUCAUUACACACCUUGCAACUGAGUAUGGAGUAGACUACAACAUUAUUGUGAAAAAUUCCCAGGAAUUCCUGCUGCAUCAUGAAAUUUCUCAAGGGAGGUCAGACCUCUUGGCAACAGAGCGGCUAAAAGGCUCUCUCAUUGCACCUUAUCAGUGGCUUUUCCUUCAAAUGGGAAGACUUGAAGGUGGAGUGAAGUUCUUGGUUGACCUCCGUUCUGAUCUCCUGGCAUCUGACACUUUUGAUUCCAAUCCUCCCCAACAGCACUACUCCCAGACAAAACCAUCAGCUGUUGUGAAGAUGCAUCUAUGCAUGGUACCAGCCCAAGAAAUCAUAUCCUGUAUCAUCAAGAGAAACCUAGCAGACCUCAAAAUACAGCUCUAUAAGCUCAGUGCAACAUGGGCUGUUUUCAACAAUUUGGAUAUGGCUACAACUGCUGAGAACUUUCGCUUCAACGUAUUCACGUGGUUCAAACUAGGCAUUGCAGCUACUGCCUGUUACACAGAACUGGUCCCCGUGUAUGCCAAGUCUACUGUCUUCCGGUGGUUCAGCAGCUUCAGAGAAGCAGCUGAAAAGGAGGAGGAACCUUCCUUUCUUGACCAGCCCCACAGUAGCCGUCCCAGGUCCACCCAGACACCAGAGUUUGUCGAGGCGGUGGAUCAAGACUGCCAAGUGACAACUCAAGAGCUGAAUCAUGAGCUCGAUGUUGGCAAGAGCACUAUGCACGAGGUGCUCACACAAGACCUGCAACUGCGUAAUGUGGCAUCAAAUACAAUGGAAGGAAUGAACACAACAGGUGACAUGGGACAGAACUUAAGAGCUAUGGAUCAUGCUCUGAAAGAGACUCUGACAUUGUGGUUUUCUGUUGGAUUCCUCACACUGGAAAGAGUCACAUGGAACUCUCCUUGUGCCAUGCUACAAAAGAUAUCAGAAUAUGAAGCUGUGCAUCCAGUACGGAACUGGACUGAUCUGAAGAGAAGAGUCGGACCUUAUAGAAGAUGCUUUGUUUACACUCAUCACAGUAUGCCUGGAGAGCCAAUCGUUGUCCUUCACACUGCAUUGACAAAUGAGAUCUCUCAGUCCAUUGCAUCAAUAGUGGCUCGCACUCAUGUGCAUUCCAUCUACCCUAUGAUUCCAGUUGACCAAGAAACAAUGGGAGGAGUUGGAAAGGAAGGAAAAAUGGAGGACUGUAGCCAUAUCAACACAGCCAUCUUCUACUCCAUAACCUCCACUCACAAAGGUCUCAAGGGCAUAGAUAUGGGGAAUUAUUUGAUCAAGCAAGUUGUGAAAAAGCUGCAAAUGGAAUUUCCUGACAUGAAACAAUUUUCAAGCUUAUCCCCAAUUCCUGGAUUUCGAAGUUGGCUCCUAACUGUGUUGCAUAAAGCUGAGAGAGGAGAAGUCUGCAUUUUGGAGCCCCAAGAAGAAUCUGAACUCUCUCAUCUACUUUCUUGUGAAAAAUCGCAAUUCUGGAAAGAAUUGCAAAAUGUUAUUGGUAAAAAUAAGUGGAUCCAGGAUGACAGGAUGGUGAAUGCCCUGGAAACUCCUCUUCUGAGACUAUGUGUUCAGUAUUUAGCCAUAGAAAAACAUAGAGGCUAUGCACUCAACAGUGUUGCAAACUUUCAUCUGAGGAAUGGAGCAAUGAUUUGGAGGGUGAAUUGGAAGGCUGACUUAUCUCCAAGGGGAUUGAGUGGCUCUUGCUCUAUAAUGGUUAAUUACAGGUACUUUCUGGAUGCAUGUGAGAUAAACAGCCAACACUACUUGGAGGAAUAUCAGAUUGAGGCAUCAGAGCAGGUUCUCCAUCUGGCACAGCGGGCACAGGAUGUCGCCAGCAUGUCAAGAAGAUCAAAGCUGUGAUAUCAAUGUGCGAUAUUGUAAUAUUUUUUAAAUAUAUGUUUCUUUGAAUGCAAC